AGAAGUUCGAGAGACGACACCACCCGAAAAUUCCUGGCGUGGAGGAGUAUUGUAAAACGGAGCCUUUAUAUCAAAUCCGGAAAUUAUUCACUAUAUUGCCACGUGUGUGUGUGGGAUCACGGCAAUUGAAUUGUCGCUUCAUCUCCACACAAGAGCUCCCUCUGGGAGAUACCGAUGUUUCUACCCAGGGCACUUUUGACCGUGAAACGCUGCUUCGUCCUGAAGAGUGCUUUGCACUCAGCAACAUCCUUCUCAGUCCUUUGAGCCGUGCCAAGAGUCAGAGUCUGGGACGCGAGCACGGCCAUGAGAAUAUGUCAAGCUCAUCAACUCCAACGCUCCCGCUAUAUCGAGUGCCAUCGCCAGGCCUGCGACCACCAAACACUGCUCGUUCACCCGCUCCGCCAUCCGCUAUCUCAUCGUCAUUGACAUCGACGUAUGCACUGAUAAGUCCUCACGAGACAGCUGCUCGAUUAUCCACGUCCCUUACCCAUGGACUCUCUCCCGCCGACGCCGACGUACGCUUAGCCAAGAAUGGUCCGAAUGAGCUGCCACAUGAGGAUCCUGAGCCUCUAUGGCUUCGAUUCCUCAAACAAUUCAAGGAAACUCUGAUCCUGCUGUUGUUAGGCUCUGCCGCCAUCUCAUUCUUCAUGGGAAAUCUGGAUGAUGCCAUCAGUAUUACCAUUGCUGUCACAAUUGUGGUCACGGUAGGCUUCGUUCAGGAAUAUCGCUCCGAACAAUCACUCGAGGCUUUGAGUCGCCUGGUGCCUCACUCUGCGCACCUCAUUCGUGGUAAACCCUCCAGCGCAUCGACUGGUACGCCAAAUUCGACCAACGGCGGCUUGGAAAGCGGCCAAGUAACUCCUGUCGGCGAAUCUCCUGCCGCCUUUGCAGCCGCCGAGAAAGCCUCCUCGACUGUCCAAGCAACGCAACUGGUGGUUGGAGACUUGGUCCUGUUUUCUACAGGUGACCGCAUCCCGGCUGAUCUGCGUAUAACGCAAUCGGUUGACCUGACCAUCGAUGAGUCCAAUCUGACUGGCGAAAACGAGCCCGUGGCAAAGUCUCCUGCUACGCUCGAAAGCAAAUCUGCCUCAGCGUCCACGUCAGCGAGUACUCGUGCAUCAUCACCCUUUUACGCGGGCCCCGCCGCAGGAACUGUCGGAGCCGAUGUGAGACUCAAUGAGCAGACGAAUAUUGCAUUUAUGGGCACAUUGGUUCGAUCAGGCUAUGGACGGGGAAUUGUCGUUGCAUCUGGAGCCGACACCGAAUUUGGUUCGAUCCAUGCCUCUUUACAAGAGAUUGAAAGCCCUCGCACCCCGUUGCAACUCUCUAUGGACCGGUUAGGACAGGAACUCAGCUACAUGUCAUUUGCGGUAAUUGGAUUCAUUGUAAUUGUGGGGCUAUGGCAGGGCAGGAAGCUCCUUGAGAUGUUUCAGAUUGGCGUGUCACUCGCCGUGGCCGCUAUUCCGGAGGGCCUGCCCAUCAUCGUUACCGUGACUCUUGCUCUCGGUGUCUUGCGUAUGGCCAAUCACCAUGCAAUUGUGCGGAGGCUUCCUAGUGUUGAGACCCUAGGCUCUGUCAACGUUGUUUGUAGUGACAAGACAGGAACGCUGACGCUCAAUCACAUGACGGUGACAAAGAUCUGGCACUCGGACGUGGAGGAUCCCAUCGAUCUGACAAAGGAAUUGGUCUCAUCUGCACCUGAUACUGCUAUGCGAACGCUUCUUCGCAUUGGAAACAUUGCAAACAAUGCACGAUUGUCUAAAUCAAGCUCAGACUCACCUGCUACCGCAUCAUCUGCGGCCGUCCUUUCCUCCACACUCGAUCACGGCUCUUCGGACUCAGGCCAGCGAAGUCGUUGGGUUGGACAGCCCACUGAUGUCGCCAUGCUGGAUCUUGUAGACGCGUUCGGCGAGGAUGACGUGCGCGAGAGACUUGGAGAACGCGCCUGCGAGACUCCAUUCAGCUCGGAGCGGAAAUGGAUGGGUGUUGUCAUCAACGGGAGCGCCACGGCCGAGACACCAACCGCCAACUCCUCUGACGUCGCAUACAUUAAAGGCGCCCUAGAGGAGGUUUUGAAACGAUGUGAUUCGUACUUGACCAAGGAAGGUAGAGAAAUCAUUCUUGAUGAACCAAGACGGAGAGCUGCUCUAGAGGCAUCGGAGCAGAUGGCACAGGAAGGGCUGCGCGUCUUAGGAUUUGCAAGCGGGCCGGUUCGAGAUGUGGCGAGGGCAAAUCCGAAGAAUAAAAAAUUCAAAAACACCAAAGGGGGCUCUAAAGAUGACGGUCCCUUCCAUGGCCUUGUAUUCGCUGGCAUUGUGGGCAUGAAUGAUCCGCCUCGCAAGGAUGUGGAUAAGUCGAUUCGACGCCUGAUGGCUGGAGGCGUCAAGGUGAUCAUGAUCACAGGUGACUCUGAAACGACAGCGGUUGCAAUUGCCAAGAAGCUCGGGAUGCAUGUUGGGACCAGCCGUGGCCCUUACAAACCCGUUCUACGCGGUGAUGAGCUGGAUCGCAUGUCUGAAGAGGAACUGGCCCAGGCAAUCCCUGGCGCAAGCAUCUUCGCUCGAACGAGCCCUGACCACAAGCUGAAGAUUGUGCGUGCCUUUCAAGCCAGAGGUGACGUUGUCGCUAUGACAGGAGAUGGAGUCAACGACGCGCCCGCACUCAAAAAGGCUGACAUUGGUAUCUCUAUGGGUCUUCUCGGGACGGAUGUUGCAAAAGAAGCAGCCGAUAUGAUUCUCACGGAUGAUGACUUUUCAACGAUUUUGAGCGCAAUAGAAGAAGGCAAAGGCAUAUUCUACAACAUUCAAAAUUUCUUGACGUUUCAGCUUAGCACCAGCGUGGCGGCUCUCAGUUUAGUCCUGCUCAGCACUUUUCUCGGCUUCAAAAAUCCGCUCAACGCUAUGCAAAUUCUUUGGAUAAAUAUUCUCAUGGACGGGCCCCCAGCACAGUCGCUUGGUGUGGAGCCGGUAGAUCCCGCUGUCAUGACUCGUCCCCCUCGAGCUAAGGGAGCUCGUGUCCUUACAAAACAGGUCAUUCACCGUGUGCUCACUUCAGCCACGAUUAUUAUGAUUGGAACGAUGAUGGUAUAUGUGAUGGAAAUGUCUUCUAACGGUGUCGUUUCCGCUCGGGAUACCACAAUGACGUUCACCUGCUUCGUUCUGUUUGAUAUGUUUAAUGCCCUUACGUGUCGAUCACAGGGCAAAUCUAUUCUCCGAGGAGAAAUUGCACCUUUUGGGAACAAGAUGUUCAAUAUUGCGGUAGCGGGAAGCCUCGGUGGACAGCUAGCAGUUGUCUACCUUCCCUUUUUACAAACAAUCUUUCAAACUGAGGCCUUGGGAUUCCGCGACCUCCUUUGGCUGGUCAUGGUUGCCAGUUCUGUAUUCUGGGUGGACGAGAUUCGGAAAUGGGUACGCACGAGAAGUAACAGGGGCACCUGGGGUUAUAGUUUCAGCGUCUAAGCGCACCAUUACAUGCACUUGUACAAUAUUAUCGCGACGGUAGAAGCAAGCAACGCAGGCGCGGUGGUGUAAAUACAUAUAAUAAGUCCUCUUCGUACACAAAUGAUGAAUUGAGUAAUGAAAGCAAGCGUUUUUUUUUUCCUCAACUGAAGGCUG